GUCACGUGACGUUACCAACGUUAUAACUUCCGCACACGGUGGUAUAUAGUCUUCAUUACGCGAUACAGUCAGGUAAGAGAACGAGCGGUUAGACAUGUACAGAUCGUAAGAAUAAAAUUUCUUAAAUCCGAAACAUCGAUGGAUGAUAAUACGGAUGCGAAAGAAACGAGAGUCGAACGUGAAUUAGAGAGAACAAACGCGUACGUUCUCUCUCUUCUCAGAGACAAACGACGAUUGAACGAGGAUUUGGAGAACGAACGUAAGUUGUCAAGGAAGUUGAAGGAAGAAUGUUAUGAUUUGAGAAAGAGACUCAGAGAAAGGGAGACAGCAGGGAGUGAUUCUACCGCUUGCUCUAAUACUAAUUCCCUCGUUAGCGUAAGCGAUCGAGGCGAAGCGGAAGAUCUCGCAUCGAAAAUCGAAGCUCUUGAGAAUAGUUUGCGCGAAUCACGCGCGCAAAUUAUGUCAUUGGAGGAUCACAAAACAGUGUUGGAGUCAGAAAUCUUGAGAUUAGCAGAAGCACUAGGAAAGGACAAUUCAUGUUCUGAGCUGGAGCUCUACGUAGAGCAGCUAAGUAUAUACGAAAAUGACUUUCAGAAAGAGAGAAGUGACAAAGAAGAGGCACAGAGUAAAGUCUCCGAGCUUUCAGAACAAAUCACGGACUGUCAAGACCUAAUAUCGACACUCACCCGAGAGGUAGACAUGUACAAGAACGCGUUUGAACGAGAGAAAAGGGACAAAGAAGUGGCAAUGAUGCAGGAAAGAGGCGAAACGACAAUGCUUAAUCUACCUUCUUAUUCACAAUCAACAUUGCCGAACUUUCCUGGAAAUUUAAGCGAUCAAGCUCGAGUUGCGUUACCCGUACCCGCGCCGCAUCUGCAAGUUGUUUAUCCUAUUGUAGACUCUGGAAUGCAGCAGCAAAACUCCAGGCGAAAAAGGGAGCUUCAUCGCAGAGGUGUUCUCACUCGAGAUACCCCUGACACAACGGAUUUCUUCUAUGGGAGCUGAUUUUGCGCUGAUACGUGUGAGAAAUAUUUUUCAUUAAUAUUAAACUACUGCAUUCUGUCAACAAUCUGUAGCUUAGGACUUCCUCAUUGCGGACAUGCCUUCCUUUGUGGGAAGGCUUACCGCAGAGGAAAGAAGAGAGCAGGAGAAUAAUAAAUAACCAGGAUAAUCGAAGACACAUUACUGCUAUGUAUUUUUUGGCAGAAAUUGAACAGCUUCGCUGAUGGUAAAAUGCUCCACAGUGAUAACAAUGGAUUUAUAUCGAAAACGAGCCCUGCGCGGAAGCAGGACUUCUGUAAAUGUACAUUUGCAUUAAUAAUCAUCUCAAGUGCACUUUUACGUGAGAUGUAAAAUCACGGAGAAAUAUCUACUUUGUAUGAAAUGAAAUUCAAAAAAUCAGCUUAAAACGAAACAUGUUGCAGAAAAAGUAAUUAUUUGUAAAUCAUGUUUGAAACCAGCUGGCUGUGUAUUAGGGUGCAAUCGGCUUCAGUGUUAUAGUUUUGUACAUACAUAUUAAAAAAAAAAAAUCGUGCCAUUUACGAAUGGCUUGUUUUAAUGUAACGAACUCAUCUCUCGCAAAGAAAGUCCAAUGCCAGAGUUGACUUUAUAAAAGAUAUUUUUGUUUUUGCGAA